AGGUUAGCUUGCUUUCUCCUUCUAGUUCUGUCCUUUGGCUAAUGGGAAAGACCACGCAGAAGCUAUGGAGUUGCUUUUUGUGCUUGACAAAAGUGCAUAGAUAGAAGACAGGGAUUCCUGGCUGGGAGGAGGGAGGAGAGCUGAAGAUCUCUGCCUGGGCUGGCGGAUCUAAGCAGUCAAAGUGGGAAGCUGUGUGCUUGAAAGAGGAUUAUGCUCGCACUAGAAAUAAGCAGUAAGUGAGCGAAUAACCAUUAUGGCUUAGAGAAGGAUUAAUCCCCCUGGGGUUGUGGGGUGAACUAGAAAAUAUUGCUUAACUCUAGAGUAAAACUGUAAGUCUUCUGACUCUGUGUAGAGUUAUGUGCUGUUUGGAGACUGGGGCUUAAAUACAAAAUCAGAGCUCUAAACGCCUCCUCCCACUCUUGGAAAAUGCCAACUUCUUCAUAGAGUAGUUGUGGAUAUAAUCUCCUUCCCUGACCUAGCCUCUUCCCAGGAAAAUACACUCCUAAAUCAGCUAAGGAGUUGGGAUUAAAUUGGAAAGGUGGAAUUUGGUAGUGAUAGAAUUGCAGUCUUGAAUUGUGUUCAGUGAACGCCGACAUUGUUAUACCAGUUAGCAGUGAAUUGUACAUCACUUAGAAAUCCUGGGGUGGGGCAUUAAAAAGGGAAAAUUGAGAGCUUUUAUGAGAAAGAGGCUGAAGUGUCCAUAUGCGAAGGAUGAAAUAUAAAAAUGUAUGUAAUUAAUAAUAGAUGGAGUGUUUUCAAAAGCAUUAACCUAGACCAGCCUUCAGGGAACCUAGAAGUAUGAGGAUGAAAAUUAGUUAGAAAGGAAGAAAUCUUACUUUCAGUGUUUUUUUCUGCUAGCCAAAAAUUUCACAAUGUUUACAAAGUCAAGACAAUGAUUCAGGGAUACUUCAGUUAUUGCCAUACAUUAUAAAUACUGUUGCGGGACAAGAUCUGUGGUUCCUUGGUCAGCAAGUUCUGGCAAUGAAACCACUGCCGCUGGUGCAAAGAAUUCUGGGAUGUCUGACAGUGAAAUGGAUGGAAGGACCCACAUUCCAUCUCUGCUUAAUGUCCUUUUGUCCAGAAAUCGGGUCAUGCAAAUGAGCUACUUGAAAAGUAAAGAAAAAGGAUAUGGAAAACUAAGCAGUGAUGAAGACCUCGAAAUAAUUGUUGAUCAAAAGCAGGUAGUAGGUGUAACCUUGAAGAAAAAGUGGCACUGUCUUCAAAAAAGUGACCUGACCCUGGCUUUGGGAAAAGGCUCUAGGGCGGCAGAUAAGGCUGUUGCCAUGGUGAUGAAGGAGAUACCGAGGGAGGAGUCUGCUGAAGAAAAGCCCCUCCUAACUAUGACAUCACAGCUGGUGAAUGAGCAGCAAGAAAGCAGACCCCUCUUGAGUCCCUCCAUCGAUGACUUUCUCUGUGAAACCAAAUCGGAGGCAAUAGCAAGGCCAGUAACGUCCAACACAGCCGUAUUGACCACAGGCUUGGAUCUCCUUGACCUGAGUGAACCUGUCUCUCAAACCCAAACCAAAGGCAAGAAAUUGGAGGCCUCAUCAAAAACCUCAUCCCUCAAGAAAAAGGCUGAUGGAUCCGAUCUCAUCAGUGCAGAAGCUGAGCAGAGAGGCCAGCCUCUCCGAGGCCCAGAGACAUCAUCCUUAGAUUUAGACAUUCAAACACAACUGGAAAAAUGGGAUGAUGUUAAGUUUCAUGGAGAUCGAAAUAGCAAGGGACAUCAAAUGGCAGAGAGAAAAUCAUGCUCAUCUAGAACUGGAUCAAAAGAACUCUUAUGGUCCUCAGAGCACAGAUCUCAACCAGAGCUAAGUGGAGGGAAAAGCGCCCUGAACUCUGAGUCAGCUUCCGAGUUGGAAUUAGUGCCUCCAGCACAGGCUCGACUGACCAAAGAGCAGCGCUGGGGAAGUGCGUUACUUUCCAGAAACCACUCCUUAGAAGAAGAAUUUGAAAGGGCAAAAGCAGCAGUGGAGUCAGAUACAGAGUUUUGGGAUAAGAUGCAAGCAGAAUGGGAAGAAAUGGCUCGGAGGAACUGGAUAUCAGAGAACCAAGAAGCUCAGAACCAAGUUACAAUCUCGGCCAGCGAGAAGGGAUAUUACUUUCACACUGAAAAUCCCUUCAAGGACUGGCCUGGAGCAUUUGAAGAAGGCUUAAAAAGAUUGAAGGAAGGGGAUCUGCCCGUCACCAUCCUGUUCAUGGAAGCAGCGAUUCUUCAGGACCCCGGAGAUGCAGAGGCAUGGCAGUUCCUUGGGAUAACCCAGGCAGAGAAUGAAAACGAACAAGCAGCUAUUGUCGCCCUCCAGAGGUGUUUGGAAUUACAGCCCAACAACUUGAAAGCUUUGAUGGCUCUGGCCGUGAGUUAUACUAACACCGGCCAUCAGCAGGAUGCCUGUGAGGCUCUAAAGAAUUGGAUUAAGCAAAACCCAAAGUACAAAUACCUUGUGAAGAGCAAGAAGGGAUCUCCAGGCCUUACCCGGAGGAUGUCCAAGUCUCCAGUUGAUAGCUCUGUUUUGGAAGGAGUUAAGGAAUUAUAUCUGGAAGCUGCCCACCAAAAUGGAGAUAUGAUUGACCCAGACCUACAGACGGGCUUGGGGGUACUGUUCCACCUGAGCGGAGAAUUUAAUAGAGCUAUCGAUGCAUUUAACGCUGCCUUAACUGUUCGACCAGAGGACUAUUCGUUAUGGAACCGGCUGGGGGCAACGCUGGCCAACGGAGACCGCAGUGAGGAAGCCGUGGAGGCCUACACGCGCGCCCUGGAAAUUCAGCCGGGCUUCAUCCGAUCCAGAUACAACCUGGGCAUCAGCUGCAUCAAUCUGGGCGCCUACAGAGAAGCGGUCAGCAAUUUUCUCACUGCCCUCAGUUUGCAAAGAAAGAGCAGGAAUCAACAGCAGGUCCCUCAUCCUGCCAUCUCUGGAAAUAUCUGGGCUGCCCUCAGAAUCGCACUCUCUCUGAUGGACCAACCGGAACUCUUCCAGGCGGCUAAUCUCGGUGACCUGGAUGUCCUCCUACGAGCUUUCAACUUGGAUCCUUGAAGGAAAAGAAAGCAAUUAAAAAUAAUAAAUCCUUGUCUGUAUGAUUGUACUGAGAAAUGCAAAACUAUUUUAUUAUGAAUUCCAAAAAAAAAAAAAAAAAAAGAGGACAAACCAGACGUCCAAAAGGUCAUGGUGAGAUAACGCAAGGGAAUUCCUUACAGACAAUGCCCAGGCUCUGUUCAGAUUCAAAAGCACAAAAUGUUCUAUAUAGCGUCAAGGUUGGGCUCAAAAGAAGAACUGAGAGACACAAAGACAAACCAAGAUGAAAUAACGGUGUGUGAAUACUCUUCCGUACCUGCAAGCAUACUCAAAACAUGUCCUGUGGGGGGUUUGUCCCCAUUCGCAGCUGAUACACAUCUAAGGAACUUGCUCAUGGGACACGUCGAGAAAGGAAGCACUGCCUCUGAUCAGGGAAUUCUGACUGUUUCUGAGCUCUCCCCCGCAACUCCCCCUUUUACAACAUAGUCCGGGUCAAGGUGCAUGCACAUAUAUUAACUCUUGACUAAAGAGAGGCAUUGCUGAAACCUGUUCCAAUUUUAACUUUUACUGUAGCCCUUUGAUUCCAGAGAGGGAGCUUUGCUGGCAAAAGCAGUUUUUGCACUAGAAAUUUUUGCUGUUCCCAAUCAAAACUUUUCUGGGACUGUAUAUAUGCACUUUAAUAUCUUAUUUAUGCCUUGCUGGAGUUUUGUUUCGUUGCUCCAAUUUUUAACUUAGGGGUGAAAGACUUGAGAACGCGGCCUUGCUAGAUCAAUGGACCAAAUAAAAAUUCCUGAAAAUA